AUGGCGACAGCAUCGCAGCCAAUCAGCUGCCCGCCAGCGAGCGGCGCGGCGCGCAUGGUGCGGGUGUCAUCGACGGAGAAGAUGGACUUCGCGCCGCACCUGCGCGACGUGUCGCAGUUCUCCUCCACGCCCACCUCGCGCAUAGCCGGCACGCCGCCGUCGCGCGGCGAGUCGCUGGGAGACUCCCAAGGCGUGGCGGCGCGCGCGUUCUUCAACUUCGGCAAGCCGGCGCUGCCCGACGUGGUGGAGGCGGGCGACCCCGUGCUGCACGAGCCCGCGCGCCCCGUGCCCGCCACCGACAUUGGCAGUCCGGAGAUAGAGAAGAUCAUUAACGACAUGGUGGCAGUCAUGCGCGCUGCGCCAGGUGUCGGCCUCGCAGCCAACCAAAUCGGCCACCCACUGCAGAUAAUAGUUCUGGAGGACACGGUGGAGCUGAUGAAGGCGUGCGACCCUGAGGAAGUGAAGCAGCAGGAGCGCCAACCCUUCAACCUGCUGGUGAUAAUCAACCCCGUGCUCAAGCCCGUGGGCGACACCAAGGCUCGCUUCUUCGAAGGCUGCCUCAGUGUGAAUGGGUACCGGGGCAUGGUGGAGCGGUACAGAGAGGUGGAGGUGUCAGGGCUGGCGCGGGACGGCAAGCCCAUCACAGUGCAUGCCACGGGCUGGCAGGCCAGGAUCCUGCAGCACGAGUGCGACCACCUCGCAGGGCUCAUCUACGUCGACAGGAUGGUUCCUCGCACCUUCCGCACCUCUGGUAACCUGCGCCUGCCCCUGCCUGUGGGGUGCCCCCAGCCCGGGUGCUGCUGA